ACCUGUCCAACUGCUCGUUAACACUUAAUUUCUAAUCAGCCAAUCACAUGGCGGCAACUUAGUGCAUUUAGGCAUGUAGACAUGGUCAAGACAAUCUCCUGCAGUUCAAACCGAGCAUCAGUAUGGGGAAGAAAGGUGAUUUGAGUGACUUUGAACGUGGCAUGGUUGUUGGUGCCAGAAGGGCUGGUCUGAGUAUUUCAGAAACUGCUGAUCUACUGGGAUUUUCACGCACAACCAUCUCUAGGGUUUACAGAGAAUGGUCCGAAAAAGAAAAAAAUAUCCAGUGAGCGGCAGUUCUGUGGGCGGAAAUGCCUUGUUGAUGCCAGAGGUCAGAGGAGAAUGGCCAGACUGGUUCGAGCUGAUAGAAAGGCAACAGUGACUCAAAUAACCACCCGUUACAACCAAGGUAGGCAGAAGAGCAUCUCUGAACGCACAGUACGUCGAACUUUGAGGCAGAUGGGCUACAGCAGCAGAAGACCACGCCGGGUGCCACUCCUUUCAGCUAAGAACAGGAAACUGAGGCUACAAUUUGCACAAGCUCAUCGAAAUUGGACAAUAGAAGAUUGGAAAAACGUUGCCUGGUCUGAUGAGUCUCGAUUUCUGCUGCGACAUUCGGAUGGUAGGGUCAGAAUUUGGCGUCAACAACAUGAAAGCAUGGAUCCAUCCUGCCUUGUAUCAACGGUUCAGGCUGGUGGUGGUGGUGGUGUCAUGGUGUGGGGAAUAUUUUCUUGGCACUCUUUGGGCCCCUUGGUACCAAUUGAGCAUCGUUGCAACGCCACAGCCUACCUGAGUAUUGUUGCUGACCAUGUCCAUCCCUUUAUGACCACAAUGUACCCAACUUCUGAUGGCUACUUUCAGCAGGAUAAUGCGCCCUGUCAUAAAGCUGGAAUCAUCUCAGACUGGUUUCUUGAACAUGACAAUGAGUUCACUGUACUCAAAUGGCCUCCACAGUCACCAGAUCUCAAUCCAAUAGAGCAUCUUUGGGAUGUGGUGGAACGGGAGAUUCGCAUCAUGGAUGUGCAGCCGACAAAUCUGCGGCAACUAUGUGAUGCCAUCAUGUCAAUAUGGACCAAGCUCUCUGAGGAAUGCUUCCAGCACCUUGUUGAAUCUGUGCCACGAAGAAUUGAGGCAGUUCUGAAGGCAAAAGGGGGUCCAACCCGUUACUAGCAUGGUGUACCUAAUAAAGUGGCCGGUGAGUGUAUAUAUAUAAUUUAUGUGAGAUUAAAUAGAGUGGUUUAGUUUAAAGUCAUAUAAACACAGUUAGCACAUUUACAGCCUUCUAACAAUAAGUGGUAAACUGUAAGAAGAGAGUGAGAGACCAAGUGUUACACAACAGACAUCUGUCCUCAAACAGGAAGAGGAAAAAACAGUCUCUUUUGUCUGUCUGACAUUUGGACUCAAAUACCCGUCCUGCUCCCGCUGAAGGCGCCUUGGCCGUCAGCCAAUCAGGGCGGAGCAGGAAGUGACGUACGUCGAAGCGCAAGGAAGCCCAGGGACUGGCGCGCCAAAUUUCAAAGGACUUCCUCCUGGGAGGAAAGGAGACGAAAGGUUGGUCCGAAGUCCGGUGAAGAAAGGCGAAAUAAAAACCUGCAGGAACAUUUGAAUUUUAUGUAAAACUUGUAAAUUAACUCUGAGAGCUGAGAAGUCGACGCUGUUGAAGGAUUAAAUCACGUAAACGACGUUUGAAGCGGUUUUAUUGUAAGUUUUUACUUUGAGUUAUUCAAGGAAACAACGUCAGUUAGCUUCACCCUCCGAGACUGACAAGAUAAUAUCACGACCAGAGACCUGUUUUAAUUAGAUAUAACCCACGUUAAAGUAAUUAGAUGGUUUUUGAUUAUAAAGAUGAAGUUAUUGCAUGUAUGGAUAAAGUUUUCUGCUGUUUUUGUUUCCUGCUUUGUGUGCUGAUCUCCGGGUUUGUCAGUGGGAUUCCACGCAGCUGUUGCAUGCGGUUUGACUGCGGCUGAAACUCAGUUUGUCACGUUAAUUUUGCAGUUUUUAUCAUCAAAGAUUCAUUUACAAAGGUGUGUUUACACCAUUUAACCUGGUAUUGGCUUUUAUUUAACACGAGCCUGUGAUGUUAUAACUAUGAUUAAAAACGUGUUAUAAUUUUGCAGUUUAUAGGUCAGACUGAUUCAAAGGGCUGAUGGCGUUUUCAGAUGAUCAGCUGAUGCCUUUGCUUUUGAGUCUGACAACAAAUAUAAACAAAUAAUGUCUUCAGACUCUGCAGGGAGCCUCAUCAGUGUCUGCUGUCCAGUCAUUUUAACAUUUUACUGAAUUAAACCAGAUUUUUCCAACCUUAACAACAGUAUUUUUAAUCUUAAACAGUUACUGACAGAUUGAAACUAUAUUUUUUUUAAUGAUAUAUAGAGUAAUUUUCUAUAAAUCAGUCAAGAUUACUAUUAUUAGCUAUUGUCUACUUCAAAAUGUACCCAAAAAUAUGUUCCUGUCUGAGAUAACUAUGUAUGAAAUUGUUAGUCAUUUAAAAUAUUAUCGCUUAAUCAAAAUACAAAAUAAACAAAAGUAACAACAACAACAUGAGAGCAGUAUUUAUGACAGACAUUAUUGGUUUUAUGUUUUUUUUAUUUAACACGAGCCUGUGAUGUUAUAAAUAUGAUUAAUAAAACGUGUUUUAAUUAUGCAGAUUACAGGUCAAACCAAUUCAAACAGCUGAUGCCUUUGCUUAAAAUAAGCAAAUAAUGUCUUCAGACGCUGCAGGGAGCCUCAUCAGUGUCUGCUGUUGAGUAAUUUUAACAUUUUACUGAAUUAAACCAGUUUUUUUCAACCUUAACGACAGUAUUUUCAAUCUUAAACAGUUAUUUACAGAUUUAAACUGUUCAUCCUGUCAUAAUAUAUAGAAAAAUUCACAAUAAAUCAGUCAAGAUUACUAUUAUUAUCUAUCAUCUAAUUCAAAAUAUACCCAAAAAUAUGUUUCUGGCUGAGACAACUGUGUAUGAGAUUGUACUAACCAUGAAAUAAUGAUUUUUAGUCAUUGAAAAUAACACAACUUCACCAACUUUCAAGGUGCUUGGAGAAAACGAGGUCAAAGAUCUCCAGCAACAUUUGUAGUUCAGGAAAACAGCUUUAUUCAACACAUUUCGGCUUGUGUCCUUCAUCAGGGUCAUUGUAUCAAAAUACAAAAUAAAAUCAACAAUCUGAUAGCGGUAUUUUAUAUCAGACAUCAGCAGACCUUCUCCCUGUCUGAAUCUGUUCUGCCAAAGAAAGGGGAAACAAAAGUUUAAUAAUUUCUUGUGGUUCUUCUUCUUUGUGUGUUUUUCUUCCAGAUCAGACAGUCCUCGGCGUCACACCCUGUCAGGUUUCCACCUGUGAGACGGCUGAUGUUAGUCGAUGUCAGGAGCCCGGGUUUUUAAUCUCACACACUCAUCCCUGCACACACAGACAGGCUCAGAUGACAGCUGUUCAAACCUGAAAUUAUUAAACUUCAGAACCAUGAAAAGCUAAAAGUCACGGCUGUCAAGUUCUCUGGCAGGUUUACUUUUCACUGUUUCAAUGUUUGCUGUACCUUCCCAUUUAGCAGAGUAAUAACACACAGGCUGUCCACUUUUACAGGAGCUUUUUAGUCCCAAAUCCACCUUCUCAUAGCCUCCACUUCAUGUCGGAUUUAAUGUGUUUGAGUUUGGGCUCAUAACUGUGUACAGAAGCUCCUCACUCUUCACCGGUCUAUUCACACUCUCUUCAUCCUCAUUAUUUAUUCAUGUGUUCACAGCAGGACACAAGGCAUUCCCUCCUCAAAUUAAUGCAAACAUCUGCUGCUUUAAGCCGCCGCACCUGCCUGUAACCUUCACACUCGGCGCUCAAAGCCUCCGUUAGAUUAUUUUAUCUUUUAUAAUAGCUUUGUGUCAGCAGUCAGGACUCUGCUGUACUUUAAAUGCUUUUGAUUUAACACCAGUCAACUAGUAAAGAGUUGUGGCCCCCACGAUGGAUCCCAGCCUCCUGUAGCUCAGGGUCUGUCACAGACCGGGUGGGGCAGGUGAGUGGCAGACAAUCAAACCCCUCAGUCAUGCUGUCCGGGGUGCAGCCAUGCUUCCAGUUGCUACGCAUCGGUUCCUCCGUCGGAGACUCGGCCCGGGACCUGUACACGUUCAGGCCGGCGCUGAACCACUCCGUGUUCCGUCUGGGCCGAGCGGCGGAGUUGUGCGACGUCACGCUGGACUCCACGUCGGUGUCCCGGAUCCACGCGGAGCUGCACGCAGAGAGGGAGGGGAACGGAGGUGAUGCGGCGCCACACGAGGAGGGCUGGAGGGUUCACAUCAAGGACAGGAGCAGUCAUGGUGAGAGAGAGGCUGAGUCACACACACUCAAACACACACACAGAGUCAAGAUAUGGAUUCACCGUCACACCCUGUACUUUCAUUUUGAGCCAACAGAAGAGUCAGACACCAAAUUACAAGAAAAUCUGAACCUCUACAGGGAAAAAAAACAGACUUCUCACACUAACAGGACGUUAACUUUUUUUUUCAGACUCAUAACUCAACUUAACUGAACUUUAUUUAUAGAGCACUUAGAAUACAACCAAACCUGACACAAAGCGCUGUACAUAAUAACAUAGAAACAUAAAACAACAAUAAAUAAAAAUAUAACAAAUCGUAAAACAAAUGCCGUCUCAUGGUGGGUCACAAGCCAAGGAAUAAAAGUGGGUUUUUAGACGAGUUUUAAAAAUGAACAUUGAGGGAGUUUGUCUAAUGUGGAGAGGUAAGUCAUCCCACAACGUAGGAGCAGCGACAGAAGAAGCUCUGUCUCCUCUGAGCCUCCGCUUAGACCUCCACUUAGACCUUCGCUUAGACCUCCGCUUAGACCUCCGCUUAGACCUCGGUCCCUCUUAGACCUCGGUACCUGCUGGAGCAGCUGGUCAGCUGACCUGAGGCAGCACAGACCUUAGAUUUAGUGUUAUUAAAUCACGUCCAGUUCACAAAAACAAAAUCAGAAUCAGACUAGUGAAGCUCCCUUCUCUUCUCUUAAUCUGUUUCCGUCUCAAUAAUCCACGUCAGUGAGACCUGUCAUGGACUGGUUUUGAGUCCUCAUCCUUGUUAUUCCACACCUUUCACUGACAUGAUCAUAAUCGUACAAAAGAAGUAUAAAAAAAAACCCCACACCUGCUGAGGUAUGAGAUAUAAAAUACGGUUAUUAAGCCUGUUUGGAUUAGAAAGAACAAAUUUACUCAACCGCCGUCUCUCUGGCUUAGAGAUGUUAUUACUUUUCUUAAAUUAGAUUCAACAGUCAAAGACUGUUCUAAUGAAUUUAAUUAAAAAAUAAACUCUUAUCAAUCUUACCAACAUUACUCUGCACCCCUUCUUUCCCUUUUAUAGCUAUUUGAUUAGUUUUAUUAUCCUUUAUUGACCUUUUUUCCCUCCUCUCUUCGAUGUGAAGGAGAUGCCUCCCCAAACAAACAAACAAACAAACUGUACUCUGCUGAAUUACAGACGGAAAUAUCAAACUGAACACCUGCAGCUUGUUUCAAAAUCCAACGUGUGCUCGGUUAUUAACCACCAACACAGCUGCAGACACAAGCAGAAGAAAACCACUCACAUACUUUGGAGACGGUGCAGCCAAGAGCUGGUGCGAAUAAGAAAUUUUAGAUCGUUUUUUAACAACCUUGAGUAAAAUAUCUUUCAGUUUCAGCCCAGAAAUUAGAGAGUGAAACAAACCGAUCCUGUCUGCCUGGUAACUUUGAUGCAAAUGUAAACAGACGGGCUGUAAUCAACCAAAGAAAUUCUUGCUCGACUAAAACCCUGAAAUUUUUGACCAAAAAUUGACUAAUCGACUCGGACAGCAAACCCCUCUGAUGCGACUCGACGGAGCGUGAUUUUUUUAUUCAUUUAUUUAUUUUGUAGGAUGGUAGGGAAAAGUCCCGCCUCCUUCGCCUCUGAUUGGCUAGAAAAGCUGGAAACGUCAUCACAUGCUCAAGCCAAACGCGGGCUGUCGGCUCUGUACAUCAAACAGAAGGUUACAGAACAUCAUCACACUUCUGAAUCGCCUAAUACUAACCCUAACCCGACAGACGAUGAUGUUUCACAUUCACAGUCAUAAGGAAUAACCAAUCGGAGCCCAGCACUGAAAGCCAAUCAGAGGCGAAGGAGGGCGGGACCUUCCCUUACCAGCCUACAAAAAAAAAUGGAGUGCGGCUCGACGGGGUGAAAAUAAACUGAUAUCAGUCCAAGAAGGCAAUUAAACACAAAAGGCAAAGUUGAGACGCUCAAAAUAAAAUAAAUAAUUAGCAAACCACCGGGUGUUGAUCUCCAGCUGGUCUCCAGUGGGUUGGGUGAAUCCAAAAUGUUGAAAACAAGGGGGUUGUUCUGAGACAGGCUGUUACCUGUGAAACAGGUUUGCUUUGAAAACACCCCUAUUAGCACUUGGUACAUUCCUCCUGGUGAAAUUCACCACAUAGACUAGUGCUAGGCGAUAAAAGGUAAUGAUAUAUAAACUAUACAUAAACUAGUGUUCACUAGUGUAGGACAAAUGAAAACUCACCGUAAAACACAAUAUGACUAAAUGGUAUUUCAAAUGCAAAAGGUUACAAACCCUGAGCGGAGUAAAGAGCUGAAACAGCCGACCGUUCAGUCCGCUUUCUUACGACAAAACGUCAGAGACACAAAGACCUCACAGAUGCUCCCAAUAAGCAGUUUUUAUUUCUUUUUUUUAUAUCGUAACAUGUAUCGAUAUCGACUGAUAUGAAAAACAUAUGUCAUGAAAAACUUUUUCCUGUAUCGUCUAGCCCGACCAGAGACUGUAAAUUUAAGCGGGAAAAAAAUGAGUCGACCAAUCAGAAUUUUGUCGACUCGUAAGUUUCGAGUUUGUGUCACAUGGACUGACUGACUUUGAGUAAAAGACACUCGAUCCGACCCGAAAAACUCUCAAAAUGAACUUUGUGCGACUCUGUGACUCCGCCUCCGCGUAAUCGUGUCCUCUUUUUGGAAAGUCAACAUGGUCACUCUAUGCUAGUGUUUAGAGUAACACCUCAUCUGAAAUAAAACAUAAAACAGAUCUGGUGUUCUGGGUGAAGAUUUAGACAAACAUUGAAUAUUUAGUUCAUGUUAAGGAAAAUAUCCAGGAUUGACUGCCGGUAGACGACCUUUUAAGGUGAAUCUAAAGUGCGCAGGAAACAGGAGGAAGAGGAGCGUGAGGGAAAGUUUAGUCUCCGCUGAAGGCCGGUGAACUGUGUCUGACAGGCUGCGACUCUAAACCGUGCUCUUACUGCCUAAUUUUUCAAGUAAUUUCACACUCUGUUUCACGCAUUUUUCACCGCCGCUAUUAAAACUACAUCUUAGUAUUCACGGGGCAUUCCUCAUCCUAAGCCAUACUGUCAUGGCCGUUUGAUUGCCUUGUAGCCUUCCUGCUCCUCGAUUCGGGCUCCAUUUCACAGCCUGUUUUACAUUUCCUCUCAAUCCCGGGAGCUGUAAACACACUGAUAGUCCACAAAUGACUUUAUUUGGAGGCUCGCUUAGAUGUUCGUUUGGUUAUUCUGAAGUUCUGCGAGGAUUUGUCCUCAGGUUACCGUGAGAAAUCUUGGAAUGAAAUCCUCCUCUUCUCCUCCUCGUGUGUUUGAAGGUACCUGGGUCAAUGAGGUCCGCCUGCAGCCCGGCGUCCAGUGGGAGCUCUCCGACAACGACACGCUGACCUUCGGUGGCGAGUCUGUUUCCGGCAGCCCCGAGUUUUACUUCCUCUUUCAGAAGGUCAAAGUUCGCCCGCUGGAUUUCGAUGCCAUCACGAUUCCAAAAGUAAGUUCGGGCAAGAUCCAGCGGGGAUCCAGACCGCCAGGAGCCACGUGGUUAAUUCUGUCUUAUCUUUUCUCCAAGGCGGGAACCUUCUCCUCUGAUCUACAAAACCGCAUCAGGACCAACCUGGACCGGAAAGAAGCCGCCAACCUGGACCUGUCCAAGCUGUCCAUCAACCGCGCCACCGUCAUCCUCAACUCCAUCGGCAGCCUGAGCAAGAUGAAGGGCAGCGCCUGGACCUUCAAGAGGAGCCACAGCGUCGACGGAGGAGCCGCCUCAGACCCCGGCUCCUCCUCCUCGCCCCCGCUGGCUGUGGGCUUCUCCUCUCUGCUGCCCCCCUCCACGCCCCCGUCCUUCUCCUCUGCAGCCUCGGCGCCUUCGGCGAAGUCUCUCCAGCCGACCUCCAGGAGCAGGAGGAAGUCCGCUCACACGGUGCUGCUGGAGGACGACAGCUCAGACGAGCCCAGGAGUCGAGGAGGUGAGGCCCAGCAGAAACAAACUUCACAAAAACGAGGGGAGAUGUUUGCUGACACUUUAAAUGGCGGCGUUUUUGAAGAGGAUGUUCGUUUUUUAUUGGAAUGAGAGAAAAUUAAGUCUGAGUGUAAAAUGAGGAAAAUCCAGAGUCAAAGUUUUUUAUUUCGCUGUUUAGGCUUAAAAAAUCCUGGAAAAAAAGCAGAUAAUUUCAGUGAAUCUGUAAAUAAUCUUUUUUUUUUUAAUGUUCAGCCGUGUCGGGUGUCGUGGAGGACGGACAAAGAGCGAGGGCGAAGAAGAGACGGCGGCUCUACAAGUCUGAGUCCGAAGGUUUCAGCUCCCCUCCUCCUCCUCCUUUGCCGCUGCAGCCAAAGAGCCACAACGAAGUCCGGCGCCCGCUGGAGGCCAAGCCCUUCCCCGUCGGCAUCAGGACCAUCGGAAGUUUCCACGGCGCCAUGACAAACAGCCGGCUGAACCAGCACCUCCUGCAGGCGUCGUUCACGAACCCCGCUGUCCACAAACAGGAAGUGCAGACGAUGCACCGGGUCCAGACGGUGAUGCACGGUAACAUCACGGCUUUCCGUCAACAGAAACCCGCUCACUGUUCCCCGAUGGCGCAGAGAGGCAGGCGGAGAGCGAACAGCUCGCCAGUGUUCUCCCCUCUGGUGGUGGGAGGGGAGAACUACAGCUUGGCCUCGCCGUCAGUGAGGAUCCGCACAGAGGAGAGAGGAAGAGUGACGUUCAACAGAUAUCACCACCCGGCAAGGUGAGAGAUUGACGGAGGUGUCUCACCUGCUGAAUGUACCUGUGUGUGAGGAGUCUGCUGUUAAAAAUCAAACACAGACGAGGUGAUAAUUAAUCUGAGUCAAAGUGGUUCAGCAAAGCGACACGAAAGAUCUCUGGAAGAGUCGGCUUCCCUUUUCUGUUUCUGAUCAUGUCGACACACUCGAAGUCUAAAUCUCAAACUGAGAAGAAAAAUGUCAAAAUGGUCAAAGGUUCAUCUAUGUGUCUGUGUUCUAAGAACUGGAGCCAUGCUCUCAAUGCGCCUGCUAUUAAAGGGAUAUUCAGGCGUAAAAUUAAGUUAGAGUCAAACACACCGUAACACAAGACAACCUCUCGAGAGAUGAAUGUUGACGACCGCUUACUUCUCUAGUUAUACCAACUUUAGUAACGACCGCAGAAUAGUAAUACAGAGAGCCACACGCUCAACCAAAACACCACACUAUAGCCACAAAUAAUGCUCAGAACAGCACCUAACUUCAUCAACAGGACAUAUGGGGUCACAGCCAUAGUACUAGACACCAAACAUCUUUUUAACUUUGACUCAUGUCUUUAGCAAAUAGACAAAACACAACUCACCUUCUCUCUUCCAGCAGCCCCUUGUUUGUAGUGAGACCUCAGGCCAGUCCAUCGACAAACAUCGGGGUGACGCAGCUCAAGGAAGAACAUUUAUGAUCAUUACUUUAUCAUUUCCUUAAAGUAAUAAUCACCAUAUUAAUAAUUUUGCACUGCAGACGUGGUAGUUCUUCUGCCUUAGCGUCUCGGUCUGAUUGUAUUUCCAUGAAGAAAUGAUCAUAAAUGUUCUUCCUUGAGCUGCGUCACCCCGCUGUAGUGCGUAACGGACUGGCCUGAGGUCUUGCUACAAACAAACGGCUGCUGGAGGAGAGUAGGUGAGUUGUGUUUAGUCUCUUUAUAAAGAAAUUAGACAAAGUUAAAAAGAUGUUUGGUGGCUAGUACUAUGGCUGGGACCCUAUAUGUCCUGUUGAUGAAGUUAGGUGCUGUUCUGAGCAUUAUUUGUGGUUAUAGAGUGGCGUUUUGGUUGAGCGUGUGGUUCUAUGUUUUUUUAUCUGCGGUCAUUACUAAAGUUGGUGUAACUAGAGAAGCAAGCGGUCAGCAACAUUCAUCUCUCAAGGGGGUGUCUAACUCGGUGUUACAGUGUGUUUGACCCUAAAUUUAUUUUACGCUGGAAUAUCCCUUUAAACACCUCAUACAACUUUAAAAAACUCCGGACUGUCCCUUUAAAUUAGUCCUCACUUCCUCCUACCAUCUAACGUUUUCGUUUUCUCUCCUCUCAGUAAGCGACGAGGGCGCCCCAGAAAACACCCCCUCCCUCCCCGACCCUCCCUGCCCUCUCCAUCCUCCUCGUCUUCCUCCUCCACCUCCUCGGCCUCCUCCUCCUCCUCCGGCUCCUCCUCCUCCUCCUCAUCGGACGAAGAAGAGGAGGAGGAAGAAGGGGUGACGGGCGGGGGUGUGGAGCCGUGCGCGGCCCCUCGCUGCCGUCUCCCGCAGCAGGACACGGUGCAGUGGAUCCAGUGCGAUGUGUGCGACGCCUGGUACCACAUAGACUGUCUGCAUGUGGACCGCAAGAAGCUGCUGAGGGACCCGAACGCGGACUUCCACUGCGGGUGUCACUGACCUGACGGGGGUGAGUUCCAGGUGUAGAAAGAUCACGCUCCAGUUUAGACAUUUGUUUUCAGAAACUCUUGUUGACUUUUCCUCGAGGACCAGCUGCUACCUUCUCCUCAUGUCCGUUGAGCUGCUCUUCUCACGCAUGCAGUCGUUUUUUUUCAUACCUCAACACAACUUUGCAAGAACAGGAAAAAGGACUCUUCCAAACGUACAUCCCAACCUCUCUCGCCCACUCGGUUUCCAGGCUCAGGAAACCGACGGGGGUGAAUCUUUAAUAAAAUGUCUCAGGCUGGAUUUCAUUACGGCUCCGGCUGCCCGGAGAGGCGCGAUCAGGGCGGGGAAAACAUGAUGAAAUACUUCCACGCUCACUCCCACGGUGGCUGUCGUUGAUCACGGGGCUGACGGCGUUCAGGAAGAUUAAUGAAAAGUUUCAGACCGGGCUGCUGCUGCUGCUGCUGUGUGAGACCGAACAGGUCCACGUUGUAGCCGCCAUCACUGUUUCAGCAACCUGCGCUGGAUGGGAUCAUCGGAGGACAUAAACUCGGCACAGUUAGCAAAAAAAAAAAAAGAAAAAGAAACUGUGCUGCGCUUGUGUUUUUUGCGCCUCUGCCAAAACAAAACUUGAUGAAAAGUCUCUGCGCGGCUCUCCCCGGUGACAGCAGCUGUCUGGGAGUGGGCGUGUGAUGUUUCAAGACAAUUAAACGGCAGAAAAAAGUGUCAGCAGACUUCCACAGCGGCUGCUGAUGAGAGGUGCUCUCGGGACGCUAAUCAAAUGUUUGAAGACACUUCAGCAGAAGCAGCUGCUGGGUUUCAAGGAGAGGAGGGUGACGUCUGCGCCAUUUGAAGACGUUGGAGAGCGAGCUGGCGGGGCGUCUGCUGCAGGUGGGAGAGGAAAUUACCAGGAAGUUUCAGCCGAUGUAACGGGGUAAUCAGAGGGAAAAUGAAGUCAUUGAUGUGACGUCAGGGGUGCAUUUAAGGUCUUAAGAGUCGCUCCACACUACUGAAAUCUUGAAUCAAAGCGGUGAAACAGACCGGACUUGACUCCUCUGUUCUCUCUGAGGUCUGCAAAGUGGACUCACCUGCGUUGGAGCUCAGGAGCCGCUCAGAUAGACUCAAAUCAAACUUCUCAGAAGCACCUUUAAUUAUUUAAUUCAGACUGUUUUACUUCAGCGGACAGAAACACAGUCACAGUUUAACCAUUUUGAUAAAAAUCAGAGUUAAUCAGCUGAAAGGAAACGGUCAGAUAUCAUUUUUCUGAGCCGAGUUUCUACUUGUCCUGAAUGACCUCUGACGGACCUGCAGCUUUAAAGUGGGAGGUGACUUAGUCGAGGAGUACGUGGAAAAACUGAUUCUUGAGCAAUAAGAUAAAAAGAGAGAAAUCAAAAGAAAACGAUAAAAACUUUUAUGGAUAAAAGUGAAAAAAAAUCAAAUCAAACUGAAUGGAUUCAUCUUAAAAUCCAGAGUGUGCUCAGUUUAAACCAUCAGACUGUAUUUAAUGUGAUGAAUAGAUGUAGUUUUAUAUUUGAGAGGGUUCGAGUUUCACUGGGAAUAAUUUUAUUAAAGCUAUAAUCACAUAUCACUGAAUUUUACCAACAUGAGACGUUUCAUAAGUGCAGUAAUUCAGCCUCAGCGGUGUAAGAUUCAACGAUCAGAAACUGCUUUUCAUGGCGGGUUCGUUUGCUCAGCUCAGCUCGGGAAAACUCAAAGAGUGGCUCUUUGUUCUGGUUCAGUAUUUCUUUAAAAAUGGAGUUUAACGUUUUCAUCUGCAGUUCAAAAGUUUGUUUUUAAUGUUUUCUGUGACUCGAAUCUUCACCUUUUAAUGGAAGUGAAAGUCUGUUUCUGUCUCCACCUCCGGAAACCUCCGCUGUUUCUCUCUUUGAGCGAGCGCUGUCACCUUCACCCCUCAGUGCCGAACAGUUUUACAUAUCUGUUUAAAAAAACAUGCCUCCACUAAGAGGGUGCUACUUUUUAAUUGGUGAGAGACAGGCAGUCUUACACAAAAACAAGCGAAAGAGGAUUAAACUUGAGUUAUUGUGUAGGGAAAAAAAAGCUGUUUUCCUGCGCUGUUAUUCCAAAAAUGUCUGAAAGUCACUCAUUUUAGUCUUACACUGCCAGCUGUAUUUACACGAGUACAGUUUCGACCUAAAACCAACAGGAAUUCAGGUCACAUGAUCACAACUUUCAUAUCCAUACAUUUUUAAUUAAAGCUCCUGUGAGGAACUUUCUGUUGUGUGUAAAUUAUGGCGCCCUCUUGUGGACAAAACUGUUUAUUUUUAAACUGAAUGAAGUUGAAAAUGUGUGAACGGGGCUGUUUCAUCAGCUGCUCAGCAACACCUACCCCUUAAAAUUACGCGACAGAAAUCGUUAAUCUUGUUUCUAAAGGUCUCGUUUACUUCUGGAUGUCAUGAAAAAACAUCGAUAUGAAUUUCAGUCUUUUUUAAACGUCGUAAAACUCCUCACAGGAGCUUUGAUAAAGAAAGAGACACCGAGCUUUAAUGAAAUGUGACUGCAGUACCUUCUAGGCUCACCAGGGGGCGGUAGGAAUCAAACAGGACAGACAGCAGCUUCUCAAAUUUGCAGCAUUUUCCUCUUUCAUCGCCUCAAAGAAACAACUUCAAAGUCUUAAAUUUACUCUUAAUCGCACCUUUUUGAUCAUUUCAACGUCAUUUUACUCAAACAUGAACUUUUCAGAGUUUUUCGUCCUGAUAAAUGUUCAAAAACGCUCAACUCUCUGAGGUGAGAGCAGCCUCUGGGAUAAUCGUCAUGUCAAAGAUGUUUUUUAAUGUUGAUGUUUGUAAAUCAGUGCACAGCUCAUAAAUCACUUCCUUCACUCUUCCUUCUCUUUAAUCAUCACAUUCAGAUGCAGACACAGCCCGGUGUCUGACUUUGUUGUUUGUUUGGGUUUGUACAGAAUUAAGCCAAUUGUCGUAAUUCUCUGAGAUGUGAUCGGCAUCAAAGUUAUCAGAGAAGAAAUAAAGACUAUUCAGAGAAUCUUC